AUGGCCGAGGUAACAAUACUGGACGCCUUGCAGGCUUUCCACCGGGAGCUCAUUGCUCUCAGCGGUGGCUAUGGCGACGGCGUCGAGUGCCUGAACAACGAGCCUCUAGUCCAGACGUUCACCAAGGAGCUGGAGAGACUCUGGGACAGCCCGCCAAAGAACGAUCAGAGCCGCAACAAGGUCAAGUCAGGCCAGAUUUCCCUUGACGGUAGCGACUACACGGUGAACGACAAGUUCCAGCAAGAUGCACUGCUCCUCUCCGACGAAAUCGACGUUGACGAGCUGGACGCGGUACGAUGCCUUCUCGACUCCCAAGAAGACCCUCCGGUGCUAGGAAGGCCGCUGCUAGAGUGCGGCAUUAUUCGUUUUCACCAGCAGCGGAAAUACGUCCUUGACUCGCUACGACUGCUCCUCGAACUGGAGGACGCCGACGACGAUGCUCAAGACUCGGCCGCACUCGACACCAUCAGGAUGUUUGUCGCUGCGCGUCUGUUCCAGUCUGGUGGCGGCGGCGCGUCAAAACGCUACGUCCCGAGAUGCAUGGCUGCUAUGGCCAAGAUCCGAACAUGGCUGCAACGGAUAGGUGACAAAAUCGCAGCGGCCCAAACCUUGAGCCAAGGAAAUGGCGGCCAGAUGUCCGAAGAGAUGGAGACCGUCGAGUUUUCGCGCCUGAGUCUGAUUCAACAGCACGAGCUUCUCGGCGUCAUCCUCUGCCGUUGCGUCGAAAAGCGACAGGCAGCUACCUCCGACUUCUUCGAUUUCAUCUCGGUUUUGAAAAAGGCGGAAAAGUACGAGACGCUGCUCGUGCACCUCAUGCCGGCCGUUGGUGCUUAUAUCUCGCUUUUCGGUUCGACAGAAGGCGGCCACGAUCUCAUUAGCGUGCGGGAGCUAAACAAUAAGCUCUUCCCGCCUUCGGGUAACUCUGGCUGGCGUCUACCGCAGCUACAGGCGGCAUUUCGGGCCUGGUGGCUAGCCGAGUACAGUGGAUUCUACGUCGAUGAUCCGCCCGAGGCUGCGAUACCUCCCAACACCGACCUUGACGAGGAGGACCGUCAAAGAUCCAAGCAGUUCCUGGAGGCAUUAAAGGAUGGCGCCUUCGAAUGGAUCUUGUCUGUCGCCGGCGAUGUGAGGUCCCCUGACUGGCACGACCCUGUUCGCAUGGGUAUGCGAAACUGGCUGCAGAGGAAGUCGACUGCCCUGCCUCCCGAGGCAAUCCAAUUCUCCACCUUCUUCCAGAACUGCCUCAUGGGACACCUCGAGGUUCUAGUGGACGCAUUCAUCUCCAACCUCCCAGAUGUCCUACGGAAGCUGCGCGUGGAAGAAGACGAGCAACGAUCGUUGAGCCAAACCCACGAGCAGGAUCUCGACUUGGAAAGAUUCUUGCUCAUCAUCGCUUACUCUUAUGAAGGGCGCCCAGAUGCCGCAACAACGUUCUGGUCUGAUCCCGACAGCAACCUUGCUGGCUUUAUGCACUGGGCGUCUCGACGAGCCUCGACACCACUGGUUACGGCCUUUUGCGAGAUGUUGCAAGCCAUCUCAGAAAAUGAGGAAAGUGCCACGGCUGCCCACGAGUUCCUCCUCGACGAGAGCUCUCACUCAUCAGGGAAGAUACGACGGACUCAGUCUUUGACCUGGGCUCAGAUCUUCAAAGAACUCGACUUCUACUCGGAUAGAAUCCGGCAGAAGCCCGCCCCGGCGCAAACCGCCAAGUAUCGCGGCACAAAGAUCCCAAGCGACCUGAUGGAAACCGAGCCCGAGUCUGCCAUGAUGCUGGAAUGUUAUAUGCGUCUCAUCACCAAGCUGGCAACGGAAAGUGAGACGGCAAGGGCCUUCCUCCUGCUGAAUCCCGGGUACAAUCUUGUCGACAUGCUCUAUGAGCUAGCCAGCAGCCCGAUACCGUCCCGACUCCGAGGCUGCGUGUUCAUGGCACUCAGGGCCCUGGUGAGCCGUAAGUCGACCCAGGAGAGCCAAACAAUGUGGAACUGCCUGGAGACGUGGAUCACUGGCGGCUACGCCAAUCCCACGGCGGGCCCUAUUCGGCAAGCGCAACCGACGCCUCUCGUAUCAACAGAAAGGAUCCUUGAUGAGAUGAGCAGCGGUUUCGAAGACCCCGUGUCCUUCAUCCACCUGUUGCUUGCGCUGGUGUCACCAGCACGGGACAGCAGCCCCCUAAACGACUCGCUACCCUUCCCUGAGAGCCUCGGGUCCAGCUCGCGUUAUCCAGGCAUUGAAGUUUACGUUGACUUCGUCAUGGGUCUUGUCUUUGCGAACAAGUCUCAGGACCUUCAGGACAAGCACCAGAUUCGGGUCCUGAGGUUGGGCUGCCUUGAGUUUAUGCUCACCUGCUUGUCAACUUUCAACGAAGACCUCAUCGUGAUGGCGAACGAGACCAACAUCCAGAUCGACUCCGUCAUCGCGACCACCGAUCUCGCCACCUACGUGUGCAAACAUCCGUUCGCUAGGGUCAUGGAAUGGAUGUUCAACGACAAGGUCAUGACCUCCUUGUUCAAUACUAUUCACCAAGAACCAGCCGAUGUCGGCAACGCAGCGCCCGACUCGCCCCUCAUCUUGGGCAUUCUGCGCGCUGUCGAGGUCAUCACCAAGGUGUUGGAGCUUGAAGCGACCUAUCUCGACCUAGUAAGGCCGCUCAUCAAGCUGCAGUCUGGCCAGCGACGCCAGCCUGUUGCCAAUGCUGCCUAUGCCUCCUUCCAAGAUGGUCUCGUCACGAGGUUGAACCUUGUAGUUGACCUUGGCAAUUAUUGCGGCAUUGGUCACCCCGACCUCACCUUGGCUUGCUUGAAGCUUCUGGAGAAGAUGGCUUCAUCAUCAAAGAUCACCGCGACCUGGUCCGGGUCGAGCCGGGGAGCGCACCGAAACAAAGCCAUCGUUGCUCUGGAGGCCAACGGAGAGCAUGAGGCCAUCUCACGCUCGUUCGGCUCGGAGCUCAUGGCACCGUUGGAGGCACAACGCGAGGCCGAAUCGCCGAAUUACAUCAUCAAAAUCUAUAUUCUCGACUUCUUGCUGCAAUGCCUUCAGACGACACCCAAGGAGCCAACCAUUGCUCACCUCUUGCUUGGCUUUACGUGUGGCGUGGACUCUUUGUCAGUCGACAACACAGGUUCAUUCGUUACUCGCACUUCGCUAUUCCACUCUUUGGUGAGACUUCUAUUUGAAGUCCCAUCUGCCGACGACCAGGGCAUGAGGCACUGGCUCAUCGCCCUCAAGUCGAGGGUGAUGCGGAUUCUGCACAUUCUAUGGACAUCGCCCCUCUCGUCGCAGCUCGUCAUCAACGAGCUUCGAGACAACGAAUUCCUCUUCCACUUGCUCAUCCGAGAGUCCGUCAUACAGCCCGACGUGCCCUGGGAGGGCCAGAACGUUGCAACGAUCCAGUUCCCCAUGACUGAAGGCGCCCCGACCCUCAUCGACUUCUUGACGCUCCGAAGCUUGACCCUCGAGUAUAUUGCCAUGGAGCUUUGCAUGAUUUCCCAGGGACGCAUGCCUAGUGUCAAGAGGCGGAUAUACGACGCUUUGAACGGUCAAGUCAUCGGCGAGGGCAACCAACCCAUUCAAACUCCGACUGUCUUCGACCUUUACGACUUUCUCCUUCCGGAAGGCCUCUGGGAUGUUCCGCCUCCGCAACUCGCGUUCUAUAAGGAUCUCGACGUGUCUUCCUGUUUAGAGACAGACACUGAUCUGAAUGAAGUGUAUAAUGUGGACCGCGUUAGGGAAAUUCUUCUUCUGAAGCGCAGCGAAAAGCAGGGCCGAGGUGCAUUGGUUGCUGCACAGGACCUAGUCCUGAUUGAGAGGGAGGAGACUGUGAUCGUGGAGUACCUCCUUUCGUCCAACAGGCAGAAGCAGGUCGGCACGCAGUGCCUCCGGGUGCUGAAGUCUUGGACCAAGCUGUUGCUCAUCAUGGUCGAGUGCAACGACUUCAAAGGGACCGCGCAGACGUCUUUCUUCCUUCAAGCUCUCCAGGCCAUUCUCCCCAGCCUAGAAACGUUUGCGUCCGACCGUCCUGAAGAAGCUCUCGAACUGGCCAAGCUUGCACGGGUGCUUCUGUUCAAAUUGGACGCGGCCAGCGGCGACGACUCAGACAACCCCGCAAUUGGCAACCUGGUCAGCGACAAGCUCUACCAGCUCUUCCAGAUCUGUCUCCAGGCGAUUGGUAAAUGGGCUGGGUCCCCGGGGCUGAGGUCCGUGUACUACGAGAUCUGCUAUCGUUACCUGACGGGGGUCUCAGAACAGGGCCCGCUCAGCUCGACCCGCCCCAAAACUACCAAGACGAUACAGGUCUACGGCGAGAGGCUCAUCAAUGUCAUCUGCGACGAUGCGUAUUGCGGCGAGCCCACCUGUCAGGCAGCGGCGUUUGUCUUCCUGAAUGCCUUGGUCAACGUCGGCCGACAUGAGGGUGACAACCAUGUUAUCGAGACCCUAAACCGGCUCAACUUCAUCGGAAUCCUAGUCGACUCGUUGCGGAACAUCAUGCAGGAAUGGCACGACGCCUUUUCGUCAGGAUAUACUGACCAGCAAAACUUCCAAAAUGCCCGGCUGGCUCUUCUCCUGCAGAUGGCGCAGUCACGAGCAGGCGCCAAGUACAUACUCUAUGCCAACUUUUUCCGGACCAUUGAGAGUUCAGGUCUCUUCGCCGCGGACCCCGAGCUGCAAACUGACGCGAGGAACUCGCGCGCCCUGGAGCAGCAUUACGACCUGCUUGCCAAGGUCAGUCGGAUAAUAGGCGCCGCUCUGCUCAGCCGCGGAAGCCACAAUGCGGUCCAGGGUCGCAAAUUCCUUACAGACCAUCGGAUGCUCGUCACGCACACGCUGAAGCGCAGCGCCGGUAUUGGCAGCGACGGCGUGGCCGAGGCGCUGGACGAGAAGAUUGGCGACCUGGCAGAUGCCUUGAUGGUCAUCAUUGCCGCGACGGGAUUCCUGGAGUUUGAGAACGAAGCAACCACGGGGUCGACCAAGCCGGAUCUCAGCUUGUUCCACUGA